UUCUACACACUCUCCAAUAAUUAAUAACGAAAAGUUUCAAGUAUCCUUAAACAGCCCAAUUCACCCCGUCUUCAUUGUCUGCGCCUAAUCCAUUUAUCAGUUUUAAAAGGAAGCAGCCGGAGAUCUUGGACACCAAGUUUUCUUGCAGUCCAAGUCGUGAUAAAAGUCAGAAAGAGUAGACUUAUGUUUCAAGGACUUGGUCUUCCUAUCCUGUGGUGCCAAAGUCUAUAUAUGGCUAUAGACAUGUACUUGGAAACAAACACACAAACACGUUAGCCGGCUUCCUAAAACUCUGCAGUCUGCUGCAUAGACGAAGCAAAGCCUGGAUCAUUCUUUUUCCGUCUCUAUGGAGAAUGAAAGAAACCCACUUCAUAUAUUCUUUCUGCCAUUACCGGCUCACGGCCACAUGAUACCCAUGAUGGACAUCGCCAAAAUGUUUGCGACUCGAGGCGCAAAAAUCACCAUCAUCACUGGCCCUCCCUAUGCGACCCUUUUUUCAAAACAAAUCGAAAGAGUCAAUCAGUUGGGUUUGGAGUUCCAAAUCCAAACCGUCAAAUUCCCGUCGGCUGAGGUAGGGAUGCCGGAAGGUUGGGAGAGUACUGAUGCAGUCACUAUGAGCCAAAAUCAGCAUAAAUUCGCUAAGGGCCUGAUCUUGCUUCGGGAACCGGUCUUGCAUAUCCUGGAAGAACAUAGACCGGAUUGUCUAGUGGCAGAUUUUUUCUUUGCAUGGGCUACCGAUGUUGCUGCUCGGUUGAAAAUUCCCAGGCUAACCUUUGGAGGAGAAAGUAUCAUCGCUGUGUGCGCCAGGGAAGUCAUCGCCCUAUAUCAACCACACAAGGGAGUUUCAUCUGAUUCAGAAACUUUCCUUGUGCCUCACCUCCCUGGAGAAAUGAAGCUGACAAGGAAUCAGCUGGCGGAUCAUGUAAGACAAGUUGAAACGGAUGUUUUAAUUAGAGGAGAAGCGUCCGAAGCAGAGCUGAAGAGCUAUGGAAGCAUUUUCAACAGCUUUUUUGAACUCGAAAAGGAUUAUGCCGAUUAUUACAGGAAUGUCUUGGGAAGGAAGGCCUGGCAUAUCGGUCCGGUCUCACUCUGCAAUAGCGAUACUGCAGAUAAAGUGGUGAGGGGUAAGGAAGCAUCCAUCAGCAGCCAUGAAUGCUUGAGAUGGCUAGAUUCGAAAAGGCCCAACUCGGUUAUCUACGUGUGUUUCGGCAGCAUGACAAGAUUCAGUUCUCAACAGCUGGUGGAAAUCGCGAAGGGGCUCGAGGCAUCUCAACAAGAUUUCUUAUGGAUUGUGAAGGAAGUUAAAAAUGAAGAACAAGAUUGGCUACCAGAAGGUUUUGAAGAAAGAAUGGAUGGGAAGGGCCUAAUCAUAAGAGGGUGGGCGCCCCAAGUGUUGAUUCUCGAUCACGAGUCGGUCGGUGGAUUUGUGACUCACUGCGGAUGGAACUCGACGUUGGAAGGAGUAUGUGCCGGGGUGCCAUUGGUGACGUGGCUGGUCGCGGCAGAGCAAUUCUACAACGAGAAGCUGGUGACCCAAGUGCUUAAGAUCGGGCUUGACGUCGGGGUGAAGCAGUGGGUGAGGUUGUUUGGCGACAGCGUGAAGAGCGAUAGAGUGGAGGAGGCAGUGAAGAGAGUCCGGGUAGGCGAGGAAGCAGAGGAAAUGAGAAGGAGAGCAAAAGCACUGGCAGAGAUGGCAAGAGGGGCUGUGGAAGAAGGUGGAUCUUCUUGGUCUGAUUUGGGUGCUCUGCUUCAAGAGCUCAGACUGCAGAGAUUGGCUAGUAACAAGAAGAUAUGAUUCAUGACCUGAAGCGAUCAAUCUUGAAGUUUUGAUUCCGGAGAAUAAAGCUGAAGAAAUAGAAAUCUUCCGUUCUCUAUUUCAGAGUAUCUGCGGUGGUGUUGAAGUAGAGAAAAAUGGUGGAUUUGCUGUUUCUUGUCAUGGGAUUUGUUCUAGGAAAGCUGUGAUCAUUUAAUUUUCAUUUCUUUUGAAUUCCUUUGUGCCCAAGAAAUUAAAGUUUCUCAUAGUCGCAAUUUCAA